CUCUGAUUCAGUAUUGGAUCAAGACUCUGUCGCAAAAUCUUGUACUUCGUUGCAAGCGCAGGCACCAAGGUCGGGUCGCAAGAUCGUUCCAUCCGCCUGGGUCGGCACAUGUGACAUCGCGCCGUCAAUCCGGACAUAAACCACCCAAGACAGCCAGAACACCACCACUCAUCCGUGAUUACUACUGGGCCUUUCAGGCAUUGACAUUUUCGCCGGCAUGCGAUUGCGCUUUGAAUAAAAUCCACGAUGGAGGCGAAUGGCCGAUCCCCUUCUGGCCAGCUGGUGCCGAUUGCUUCGGCAUCUCCCAGCAAUCCGUCCGGAAGUGCAGCUGGCAGUUGGACGUCCAACAAGACCCCGUCGACGAUGCCUUACACUUGCCAGAACUGCGCAAAACGGAAGAUCAAAUGCGACAAGAUUGCGCCGAUAUGCUCCAGCUGCCGCAAGGGCAGGCUCGACUGCUUCUACCAGGCUCCUCCGCCGCGAAGACGAAAGCGCAAGCUUAGCGACGACAUUAACGAAAAGGUCGCGCGUUACGAGCGCAUCCUCUCAGAAAAUGGACUGCUGCCGGACGAUGGCGAUGCUUCACCUGGACGGCGAGAGCCGGAGCGAACGACUUCCAUCAUGCAAGGGACCGAUUUCAAAACGCCUGGCACACUCCUCUCCAAACAGGGCAAAUCGCGGUACUACGACAGCAACUUCUGGCGACAUAUAAGGCCAGACGACAUCGAGCCUGACUCCGAUGAAGAAGAUGAAGAAAACGAGCGGGGAUUUGACGCCCAGGGAGGCGAUUACUUCUCCGACCCCCUCACCGCCGCCUUCUUGGGCAGUCAGCAGCAAAACCUGCGACCAUACCAUCCAACAUACCAAGAAGCUAUGACUAUGUGGAAAGCAUACGUCGAUAACGUGGAGCCGCUGCAGAAGAUCCUGCACGUUCCGUCCACCCUCGAGCGGCUGCAAGUCAUCGCACAGCAACCCGACAUUGCCACAAAGGCUGACGAAUCUUUGAUGUUUGCCAUCUACCACUUUGCCAUCAUCUCCCUGCCGGAAGACGACUGUGAACGGACAUUUGGCCAGUCAAAAGAUGCGUUGACGCAACGAUACCGUGUUGCAUGUCGACAGGCACUUGUGAAUGCGUCCUUCUUGAAGACAAGCGAGUUGCCUGUACUUCAAGCCUUCACCCUGUACCUGAUUGCGUGCAAACGCUACUAUGACCCUCACACCCUGUUCGUACUGACUGGAGCGAUGAUGCGGAUAGCGCAGCGCAUGGGCAUCCACCGAGAUGGCAAAGGGCUCGGCUUGCCACCCUUCGAAGCGGAGAUACGGCGGCGCACGUUCUAUGUAUGCGUGCCGUUGGAAGGCACCGCCAGUCAGAUGGCGGGAAGUGAGAUGGCUAUUCUACCGGACAGUGCGGAUGUCGACAAGCCCAUGAAUAUCAACGACGAUCAGCUGUGGCCGGGAAUGACGGAGCUACCUAAGGAGCAAAGCGGUGCAACCGACAUGAUUUAUUGUUUGACUCGAGCCACACUCGGAAGAGCGUACGUAGGACUGAGCACCGCGGCUUCGUUGCAGACCGUCGCUGCACACAUCGACGCCGUGGAGCGCGAGGUGGAGGAAAAGUACAUUCGCUACUGCGACAUCCUCAACCCUCUCCACUUCCUCACGGUCAGCUUCGCGAGGGCUGCCAUCUGCGCCAUGCGCAUGCGAUCCCAGCUGUCCCAAUUGAAGGGCUCGAUCAUCCCCACCGAGACGAUCCAAGAAUUAAUACCCCUCGCCCUUCGCAUCCUCGACACCGAUGCAGCAGCUCACGAGACUGUGAACCUCAAAAACUUCUUCUGGCACAUUGGCUCCUUCUUCGUAUGGGGAAGCUUUGACUCCAUCGUGUUCAUCCUAACCACCCUCCGCCGCCCCGACGUCCUUUCCCGCAAGCAGAUCGACGACGCAUGGGACCGAAUGAUCCGCGCGUACAAGCAUCACGACGAGCUCCUCGAGACCAAACGAGCAGUGCAGGUUGCCAUUGGCCGUCUCACGCUCCGGGCGUGGAAGAGCAACCCGCCAACCAAUAAUUUGCCCGAGCCGGCCUUCAUCGCGGCGCUGCGAACGGUGCGCAAAGUGAAUCCUGAUGCGCCCGUGAUGGACCGGAGCAGUAGUGGUACAUUGUCGUCGUUGGGCCCCUCGCCUUCGAGCGAUGCGAAUGCCUUGUUUGGCACGUUUUCAGACGGCACGAAUCUCAAUCUCGACACGGAUUUCAAUCUAGAUACCGCGGAUUGGAUGUUUUGGGAGCAGGUGAUUAAAGACUAUCAGAUGCAAGGUGGAGGGCAGCAGUGAGGUCUCGCUGGCGAUGGAUGUACGGCACUCUCAGGCUCCCGAUCGCCAGCCUGACGUUGCGUGUAGUAUAGUUUUGAAAGUCUCUCGACUCUUCGCAGGACUCGCAUGUAGCAUAGACCAUGCGCAGGCAACAAGAUAAUACAGAAUUAGUUCACACG